AUGUCGCACACUUUGCAUGGGCCGAUGACCCUGUCCGAUGUCAGGACAUGGCAUGUGGACAUUGAUCGGUUUAUCAACCCUUGGGUGCCAGCGCCUAGGUUGUACCUACUACCCCGGCAAAUCUCCCAUUUCCUGGGUUAUCGGGAAAGUGCACCCCGACCGCUGGGGAACGUAGUCAUCGCCUUUUGGUCGCUGGUCGGAUCGUUCUGCGGUGUAGCCCUGGUCGCCGAAGUAUCGGCGCGCAUUCCGUCCUUCGAAGUUCGAGACGCACCAGCUGUCGUGGGAAGUUUUGGUGCUGCUGCCGUCAUCGAGUUCUGUGCGAUCGAGUCGCCCUUUGCACAACCGCGUAAUGCCUUCUUCAGUCAGAUGUGGGCCUGCCUGAUGGGCAUUAGUAUCUCGAAACUGUUCGCUCUGAAUCCCCAUGCUGAACAGUACACUUCGCUUGGCGGGGCUCUAGCCUGUGGGCUCACCACUGCUGCCAUGUUGUUGACUGGUACCGUACACCCGCCGGCGGGUGCGACGGCGCUUCUGGCAGUCACUAAUGAGCAGAUGGCGAGCCUGGGCUGGUUCUUGUUCCCCAUUAUGAUGCUGGGGGUGGUCCUGAUGCAGGUGGUGGCAUUGAUUGUCAACAAUAUCCAGCGACAAUAUCCAUUGUACUGGUGGACGUCACAUCCCCUGUCGAGGAAACAGGCCGAAGAUGAAGAGAAAUUCCAUCACAAGGCUGGUUCCGAUGUGCCCAGUCAUUAUGAGGAAAGCCUGACCGACGUUCCUCGUCGGAUCGUGAUCGAGCGAGGCGAGAUUCUGGUGCCUGAUGGAGUGUUCUUGUCGGUUCAAGAGAGACAGGCGCUGGAGAAGAUCAGUGACAGAAUUUAA